UUCAGCUUGGCUCAAACCAUGCGGUUCGUUGCAGGUGCCUUUCUCGUUGCGGGCAUGCUCCUGCUCGCGCUGGCGACACCGACCUCGGCCGCAGGCUCGAACAUAGUGUCCACAACAUACGGCAAGGUCGAGGGCUACACCGCCAAGGGCGCGCGGGUUUGGCGUGGGAUUCCGUUUGCAGCGCCGCCUGUGGGCAAGGAUCGGUUUGCGCCGCCGCAGCAGCCACAAACCUGGUCGGGAGUUCGCGAGGCCAAGGUCGAUGGGCCGAUGUGUCCUCAGGCCGAGGCCCUGGGCAAGUUUGUGAUCGGCUCCGAGGACUGCCUCAACCUCAAUGUGUUUGCGCCAGAAGGUGCGGAUGCGUCGUCGGGACUCCCGGUCAUGUUCUGGAUCUUUGGCGGCGGCUGGGUGGUCGGCUCGAACAACCAGCAGGGCCUGUACGAUGGCAAGAAUCUGGCGGCCAAGCACAACGUGGUGGUGGUGACGGUCAACUACCGACUCUCUGCUCUUGGCUUUCUCGCGCUUGAUUCGCUGCGAAGCGAGAGCAACACCACCGGCAACUACGCGCUGCAGGACCAGCGGGCCGGUAUGGUCUGGGUGCAGGAGAACAUCCGGGCGUUUGGUGGCGAUCCGGACAAGGUCAUGAUCUUUGGCGAGUCGGCCGGCGCGUUCUCGACCUGCUGGCACCUGGCGUCGCCAGCGUCCAAGGGCCUCUUCCGCGCCGCGCUCGUCAUUUCCGGCACGUGCGACUCGCCGAUCUUCUUCCGGUCGUGGGAGCGGUCGGUGGCGUGGUCGGUCGAGUACGCCAACAGGCUCGGCUGCUCCGGCCCGGACUCGCCGGCGCUGGUCGACUGCCUGCGCUCGCUCUCCACUGCUCAGGUGCUGAGCGGGCGGGUGUUUGAAGACGCCGGCAGCGAGACGGGCGCCAGUGAGGACAUCGACCCGCUCCUCUCGCCCAUCAUGCCGUGGGCCGCAGCCAUCGAUGGCACCGAGGCCGGCAUGAAGGUCACGCCGCUAGAUUCGAUCAAGGCCGGGUCGCUCAACAAGGUGCCGACCAUCAUGGGGACGAACAACAACGAGGGCACGAUCUUUGUGCCGAUGCUCGCAGCCAUUGCCAAAGUCGAUCUUCCGCUCAACCACGAUACGGCAUCGGCGGUCCUGCAGCGGUUCUUCAACGCGUCGACGGUCGAUGCCAUUUGGGAGCUCUACCCUCUGGAGAACUACCACAACUCGUACGACGAGGCCGCCGCGUUUGUCCUCCGCGACUACUUUUUCGUCUGCGCUGAGCGGCGGGCUCUGCACGCCAUGGCUGCACAGGCCAUCGACGUCUGGUCGUACCGGUUCCUUUUCAAUGACGGCAACCCUCUGUUCCCCAUCUUUGGCUCGACUCACGCCUCGGGCCUCCGGCUCAUCUUUGACAACACCUUCUACCAGCCGUGGACAAAGCGCGACACGCUGAUGGCAAACCAGCUUGGUGGCUACUACUCGGCGCUCGCCCGCGGCCUCGAUCCCAACUCGGGCCCGGGUGACCUCCUCCACUGGCCACGCUACAACAUCUCUGCCGAGCUGAACAUGUUCCUCGACGUCCCGUCGUCGGUCGAGGCUCAGUACGAUCAGUCAGUCUGUCCGUUCUGGGACAAGGUGACUGUCGACUUUAGGUGACACACCCAUGUAGUGGCGAUAUCGGAUGAUACGGAGAUGAAUGAAUGGAGAAGGGGACA